AUGGACGCGCGGGAGAAAACGAAAACCUAAACAACGCAGUCAUGACAACAGCGUAACCUCCGCUCUUUGCUUUAGCUUUACGGAAUAGUACAUGAGACAAGCGAACGUAUAAGGUUUUUGUCAUAAAAAGGUGAUACUGACUGCUCACUGGCAGCAUGGAAGACGACUUCAGCCAAUCCCUCACCCCACCAGUGUCUCCAUUCGCAUCAGACAGCCUGUGUGAGCUGACUCCAGCCCGACCGCCCUGUUUCUGCUGCUCUGUGACUAAGGAGGAACCCGCUGCAGCUCUCUCCACUGAUGGCUACGCUGCAAGAGGCUCCCUGAAACGGCUGCUGUUGCGUCUUGACCCGGCCCCAGCAGAUUAUGAGACGGACACGGUGGAAAUCUUUGGCUUCCCCUGGGUCACAGAGAUGGCAUUGGUGGAAUCUACAAAGCCUCUCUUUGGUCUGUUCAGACAAAAGGUCUACAGGCUGGAGUCCUUGGUGCAGUCCAGCUCGCAUGACUUCGGUCAAGCAGGCAACCUCCACUAUGAAGCAGAGGAUCUCAGACAACAGUGCGUUUCUUUUCUUCAGUAUGUCAAAGUCUUCCUGCACAGAUACCUGGAACCCUCGAGCUCCCUGGAUGCAGGUCUGUCCCACCCAUAUGAAGAGCUGGAGGCUCAGUUCCCCUCUGCUCUUCUGGAGGAGCUGUUUGGCAUCACCCUCCUCAUAGGACGACUCAAAGACUUGCCAGCCAACGUCCAAAGUGCCUUCACGAUACCAAACCCGGGAAAGAUUUUCCCUCCCUCUUGGCAUUUGUUGCAUCUUCAUCUUGACACCCACUGGUCAGUCUUGGAGAUCCUUCACUUACUGGGUCACAAGAUGCAAGGCCAGGUGGUGUACGCCCACCAGUUUGUGAACCUGACGGGAGAGAACCUGACCGACACCAGUCUGUUUGAAGAGCACCUGUGCAGCCUGCUGUGUGACCUAACUGGUCUGGCCAUGGGCAAAUACAGCAAGGUGAGGCCUACAGAAGCCCUGAGCAGCCAUCACCACCUUUGCUCCUGCACCAAAGAGCUGUGGGUCCUGCUCAUGCACCUUCUGGAACACAGGCACAAAGUGUUGCACACACAGUCUUUCUGGAGCUACAUGAACUCUUUGUUGAGGCCGCUGGUUUUCGGGAAGCCAGCAGCAGAGCAGUUCGAUGGCCUCCCGACGCAUUGUAAGGACCCUCUGGGAUUCACAUGGUGGCUGGUCACUCACGUCGCGAUGUUAGGCCAGUACAGUCGGAACGGCGCUCUCCAGUACGAGAAACCUGUGGGGGAUAAUUGGACUUUUGUGGAGGAGUUGCUCAAGGUCACUUGUAACCCCAAGGGAGGUCUGGCAGAGGAGCAGGUCAGGAUGCACGUCCACUGCUGCCUCAGUCUCUGUCUGCUGUGGGAGCCGAGCACCAGCGCCGUCUCCAUCCUUUGGGACUACUACAGCAAGAAUCUGGGUGCUUCAUUCCUCGUACCCUGGCUCGGCGUGUCUGGCGUGGGCACUUUGUGCAAGACGCCGAUGGCUCUGUCGGAGCAGGCCCGCAGCUGCUGCUCCCCGGCUCCCCUCGGCUCCCCGGGACACACCCAGCUGUACCGCUCGGCCAGCUCCUUCCACCUCUUCCUCCGAGUGCUGGCCCUGUGCCUCGGCCAGGACCGAGCUGGCGGGGUCCCGCAGAGACAGAUCAAAGGGAGGAUUUAUUCCAAGUUCUCCUCUAAGAAGAUGCAGGAGCUGCAGGAGGCCGGCCUCAUGAACUUCCUGCUGCUGUUUCUGGUGGUGGCCAGGCAGGUGGAGCUGGAGGAUGUGGCGGGCAGAGCCUGUGAGCUCCUGGGUUUCCUUCCCUCUAACUGCCCCCCCGGGCACCGCACCCUAGUCUGGAGGGGACAGCUAUCCCUGCUGUUGUUGUUCCAGGAGAGGGGUCUGGAUGUUGGUGCGCAGGCCACCUGGCUGGCCUCGUCCUUUAAAGAGACGGCCAAAGAGUUCUACAAUAAGACCACAGAGGUUUCUCGCAGACUGGCCCUCUGGGGGCCCCUCGGGUCGUACUUGGAGGGCGUGGCCGAGGUCUUCGAGACGAGCACCAGCCUCGACCUGUCCGAGGAGAAGCUGCUCAACGAGGGCUUCGAUUGGCUGCUGCGCGCCUGCCGCCUCUCGGAGCUGAAUUCGGCCCUGCAAGUCCUGCAAGUCGUCCUGGCCCAGCUCAGACGGGUCCAUCAGCGCGGUGUCCAGUCGGCGCCCCACUCGGCCUGGGCUCCUGGUAACGGCGGUGUGGUGAAAGAGCGCCACCUAGCUGUAGCUGCCGCGCUCUGGGCGCACUUUUUCCCCUUCCUGCGCAGCCUACGCCUGUCCCAGACCCCUCCGGCACAGCUGGCAGACGCCGCUGCAGGCUUCACCCUGCUGGCUUUUGAUCUGCCCAACUCCGCCCCCCAGGACCUGCAGCCCCACCCGGUGCAGUCCAUCAUGCAAUGCUUCGGCUGGGACGACAUGGUUCAACCGGUUCUGGUAACUCGCUACCUCCCCCAUCUGCUCCAGAACAGCGAGCUGAUGUCCUCGCUGAGCCGUGAUUCUGCCGCUGGCGCGACGCGCUCGCCACAGAGCCUGUCGGUGAGGGCCUGGAUCCGCUGUGUUCUACAGCAGCACCUCCAAAAGAACCCGGACGGCUCCGACAGCAGAGCGGGCCGCGACGUGGAGGUUCAGCUGUGUGAGCUGACCCGGCUCGUGCUCAGACUGCCCGAGGUGGACGGUCUUCUGCAGAGGGCGAGCCUCCAGCCCACAGCCUCGAGGCUCGAGCCCACUGCAGCCCUGGAGGUGUUUGUCAAGGCCGUCGGCGGCGUGUACGGCGGACUGCAGGUUUUGUCCGAGCGCUCGGCCAUGGUGACCAGAGCCUUGGACUACAUCGGCGACAUCCUGAAACACAUCAAACCGUCUCUCAUCAGCAGGAACCAGGAGGGACUGCAGCUGGUCUACUGGGCCGUCGGGUGCAUAGUGAAGCACUGGAGCCCCCUGCUGGCCACCUCUAAAGCCCAGCAGCUGCUGUUCCGUAUCGUGGACGGGCUGCUGCUUCCACACAACCUCACACAGCAGGACAAAGCACUCCGGGAAAGCCUGCCGCUUUUUUUACAGGGUCUGUCAGUAGCCUGCAGCGUGUCUCAGGCGCAGGGCGCCCACCUGAAGCAGCAGCUCCGCUCCGUCACCCGCAGGUAUCUGGACCAUUUCCUCCCCGCCUCGCCCUCCGUGGGCGUCAUUGCCAACCACCCGGUGCUCCUGAGCGCCUGUGAGGCCAGCCCGACCCCCCGGGGGGCAGCGCUCAGGAGGACCAUCCUGGAGGUGCUCUGCGAGAGCUUCUUGCGGUUUAAAGGUCAUGCCCCUCCGCCUCGGCUAGCGGCGGUCCUCUUGUUCCUACUGGAGCUCUUGAGACGGAACGGUGACUCAGACCCCGCCCUCCUCACGCUGCCCCUCCCCUCUCUGCUGCGCUGCGUGAUGCUGGUCAACGAGCCGCAGGUGAGGAAGACGAGCACAGAUGCCUUACAGCUUGUGGUGGAGCGGUGUGCUGCCGUAUCUACAGCCAGGCCGUGUGACCAGACCAUCGACGUUUUGCGGUCCUUUGUGGAGGAGAACGAGGGCGUGUACGACCGGCAGGUGUACGGCGUCCUGGAGACCGUGUCCCUUUUGGACCCCGCCCCGGUUCGAGCUCUCCUCCCCGACCUGUCUCUCAGUCUGAGGAACACGGAGCGCAAGAGAGGACUGGGCCGGAACAUCGCCUUGAGGAGUGCCUACGGGAAGUUGCUGAGCCUCCUCGGAGAGAGUGGGCAGGUGGAAAUGGCCAGCCUGGAAGCCGACUGAGACUGUUGUUGUUGUUGUUGUUUUUUAAUUUACGCUCCAGAAACCACUUGUUAGUCACACAGCCUGCUCUCUUUAAUUUGGGUAUCCAGUAAAACAUGAGUACCUCAUGUGCUGGAGCAGUAUACCAGAUGUAUAAAACUGUGAGUAUUUAAAAGCUGUAAAAGGCAGUUUCUUACCUUUUAGUUCAAAUGAUCUGGAUUGUUUUGGUGUGAUUCGGCCCUUUUUGAGGGUUAUGACGCUCGACUGGAAAAGAAACGGCAAUGUAAUCCAAACCUCUUUGCUCAAGAUAAUCCACCGUUUCCUAAAGGCACAGUUUUGUUUGUACUGAACUACACCCACUAAAGAAGGAAGCCCCCGUCUACUCAUCAGAGAGAAAAUAAUUCUAGUCUGUGGAUUAUCUUUCGUAACCAGCCGAUGAUUUCUGUUCAGCUAUUUUAACCAAACUGAGUGUCCUAUACUUCUGUCUGUGUUUUAAGAGAGGCAGUACGUCUCUACGACCGAUAUCGCUGCGACUCACACCAAAACAACUCGAUUAACAGCACACAGGUUUGAGGGACCCCACGUAUUUUAGAUUUUUGGAGGACAAAAGAUCUUUUGGAUCACCUACUGAAUACAUGGUCUCAACAGGUGCUGUGCAAUGUACAUAGUGUAUAAAGAAAUAGGGGCAGCUUCUCAUUUUGAAAGAUGCGUUAUUUAUAAUGUAAUAAAUGUGACAAUAAAUAUGAAUACGCUCA